AUUACUCUUUAUUUAUAUUAUAUUUUAAUAUAUUAUAAUAUAUAUUGUUAUUAUUUAUUAAUAUUACUCGAUUACUAUUAGGUCGUCAAACAGUGCUAUAAUAUUAUCUCAUCUUAAUUAUUUUGUGAAUAAUAUUUCUGUUGUCCGUUGUUCCUAUAUUAUUAUUCUAGUUGUUCAUUUCAGUGUCAAAUUUUACUCCAGACGUAAAACGGAACCAAGUACCGUAUCGGACAUGGCAUAUGUUUCGAUGACUAGUUUGCUGAGAACGGAAAUGAAAAAAGAUCCGUUUUUGGAAUUGCCGACGCUCGAAGAAGAACAACGACUGUGUUUCGAAACAAUCGAUAGCGACGACAACAGCUGCGGUUUACCGAAAGAGUAUAUUUGCAGCCACUGUUGCGUUGUGUUCAUGAAAAAGGCACAAAUAACGAGGCAUUUGAAAUUCUGUGUGCGUUACACCGACAACCCGACCGCCGGUGCAGCAGUUCAGACAAAACGGUCUCGUUUGAAACGUCAAGUGCUCUAUCGUUGCGAACAUUGUGAGAAAUCAUUCACCGACAAAACCAAACUGUGUCGACACAGCAAAGUGCACACAAGCUCUUUGGUUUGCGACGUUUGCCAAAAAAGUUUCUCCAGUCGUUCCAGUUUGAUGGGCCAUCGGAAAAUUCACACGGGCGAGAAACCGCACAAGUGUGACGUUUGUGAAAAAGCGUUUACCCAGUCGCACAACCUGACCAACCACAAGCGUACGCAUUCGGGCGAGAAACCGUUUGCGUGCCGGUUCUGUCCGAAGCGUUUUGCGACGCUCAGCACGUUGGUGACGCACCUGCGCAUACACACCGGCGAAAAGCCUUACCGGUGCGACCUGUGCGAGAAAUCGUUCACGUUGUCCAGCAGUCUGAGGUCGCACCGGCGAACGCACACCGGCGACAAACCGUACGGGUGCGACUGUUGCGCCAAAGCGUUUGCCAAAAGCGGCGACCUGGACCGGCACAAGCGCACCCACACCGGCGUCAAGCCUUUUCGUUGCGACACGUGCGGCAAGCGUUUCACGCAGUCUUCCGGCCUGGUCGUGCACAAGCGGAUCCACACCGGCGAAAGGCCGUUCGGCUGCGACGUCUGUCCGCGCUCGUUCACCAACUCCGCCAGUCUGAUAGCGCACAAGCGCACACACGCCGGACAAACGCCUUACAUGCCGCGCCACAACAAACACUGUGCACGGCAAAUCACGUCGUUGUCGUCGGCCACCACGGCCGCGUGGGACGCCGCCUGUGUGUCUUCGGCCGCCUGUGUGGGCAAUUUCAAUUACAACUGGUCCAAUUGGUUUCACGGGGAGACGGCCAACGACCCGGACGUACCGCCGUUUGUCGUCGAGCCCGACGACGACGCUUUCGGCGGCGAGCCGACCACCAAAAGGCCCGAAGGACAGUGGUUGGACUGCGACGUGUGCCACAAGACGUUCCCGUAUUCGUCGCGGCACAAACUGAUCGAACACAUGCGGACUCACACGGGCGAGAAGCCGUACCGGUGCGCCGUUUGCCAAAAAUCGUUUUCCCUGGCCAGCACGUUGACCGUGCACAAGCGGACGCACACCGGCGAGAGACCGUUCAAGUGCCACAGCUGUGCCAAAGGUUUCGCACAAAAAUCCAAACUCAACGUACACAUGAGAGUACACACCGGAGCCAGACCGUACCGUUGCGAUUUGUGCCAUAAGAGUUUUGGCCAUCGGUCAAACUUGGCCGACCACCAGAAAUCCCAUACCGGCGUGCGACCGUACGAAUGCGACGUUUGCCAUAAGUUUUUCGCGCUGGCCAACAGCUUGCGCAAACACAAAGCCUUGCACACCGGACACAAGCCGCACGCGUGCGGAACCUGUGACAAAGCGUUCGCCAAGAAAGCCAGUUUGGACCGGCACCGAGGAACCCACGACGGCGUGCCGGAUUGGACGAAACCGUUUGCUGCAACCGUUGUCGACCGACCUUUCAGGUGUACCGUCUGCGCCAAGUCGUUUUCCACUUCGAACAGCUUGACCAGGCACUCGGCCGUCCACAACGCCGGCCGACACCAAUACCGAUGCGAAGUCUGUCUGAAAACAUUCACUUGCAUGUCCGUGUUGGUCACGCACAAAAGAACGCAUACGGGCGAAAAGCCGUUCCGAUGCGACUUUUGUCCGAAAGCGUUCGCUUAUUCUUCCAUACUGGUGUCGCACAAGCGUACGCACACCGGCGAGAGACCGUAUCGAUGCGAUGUCUGCCCAAAGGCUUACACGCAGUCGUCCAGUUUAAUCGUUCACAAGCGCACCCACUGGAGUCGUCAAACGCCGGCGGCGGCGGCGGCGGCCAACCCAACAGAGACGCAACAACCGACAACAUCGGCUCAAUACGACUUGCCCGGUGCAUCGCCGCCGCCGACGGCCGCCGAUGACUAUGCGGACAAUUGGCCAACGUGGUACCCUAGUGUGCCGGACAUACCAAUGAUAACGAACGGGCUAUCCAGCAUGAUAGAUAAUGUUCCGGAUCUAACGUCGAUCGACCCGCAACCCAUCGUACCGUUAGCGCUGCCCGAGCCGCCGGCACCGGCAGUCCGGAACACCGAAUCGACCGCCGCCGUUGUUGUUGUUGUGGCACCGCAAAAGUUCAAGUGUGCCAAGUGUAAAGAAACGUUCGACAAGAGUUCACACUUGUUGAAACACAUCAGACUAACGCACAGGCCGAUUGUACCGAAAGCCGCGAAAAAAACCACCGCCGGGCAGACAUCGCCGCUUGGGGGGGCUUCGAAGAGCAAACGCGGCCAACGUCAACGGUUGGAAUGCGACGUUUGCCAGAGGCCGUUCAACGAUUCGUACAAACUGAGAGUUCACAAGAGAACGCACACCAGGGAGAGACCGUUCGCGUGCGAAAUUUGCCGCAAAUCGUUUAUCGACAAGUCCAAUUUGAGGGAACACCAAAAGGUGCAUUCGGGCGAAAAGCUGUUCGAGUGCGAUAUCUGUCAGAAGACUUUCCUGCAGUUGGGUACGUUGCAGACGCACCGGCGAACGCAUACGGGAGAAAAGCCGUACACCUGCGACGUCUGCCGACAAGCGUUCGCCCUGUUGAGCAGCAUGAGGACGCACGUACGGAGAGCGCACACCGGCGAGAAGCCGCACAAGUGUGACUUUUGCCCAAAGGCUUUUGUCAAACGCAACGACAUGGUCCGGCACCGAAGAACGCACACGGGCGAAAGACCUUUUGUGUGCGACGUUUGUCAACAAUCGUUCACUCAGUCCUACGUGUUGGUCUUGCACAAGAGAAAUCAUCAUUCGUCCACGGCAAACAGCGAGUCUUCCGCGGCGGCCAAACCAAAGCCGUUCGAUUGCGAUUCUUGUCAAAAGACCUACGCCAGCUUGUCGUCGUUGAACGCACAUCGUAAACGCACUCAUACGGCACAGACACCGCAACGACGUGGCAAAGUGCGUUCAUCAAUCCGUUCCGGAUCCAUUGCCGCCGCAGCUCUCGACAACGCUGUCCAUCAUCGUUCCGUUGACAAGCCGACAGCAGAACACGGUAGUUCACCGCAUCAGUUCACCGUGCCUUGUGAAUGCGACCUCUGCCAGACUUCCUUCGGCCUUCCUACGUGCAACAUCGUCCAGAACAAUUAUUAGUUGUAAUAUUGUUUAAGUUUUUUUUUAUAUAAAUAUACAUAGUGUCGAUACCAAAUAUUUACAUUAGUCCUUUUGUUUCGG